AGAGAGAGAGAGAGAGAGAGAGAGAGCGUGGGGUGGGUAGCUGCAGUCUGAAAGCUCGUGCGCGCGCAUUGGUGCUGCGCGUGAACCCCGGACACCUUCAGAGGCUGAACGUGCCCUGAGAGAGACAGAGAGAGAGAAGAGUUUCUCAACGGAUCCAGGGUUAUGUAAUAAACACAGAAAUAAAUAACAGCUUUUUAAAUGACUUCCCUGCGACGAUUUGGUGAAGUUUGGCGAGCGGAAGUUCGCGCUCAAGGAAGUGUGAAGAAGUGAGAGGCUGAGAUACAGAGAAGAUUCGCGUGUUGACGAGUUUGGGCUUCCUUCAGACUCCAGAGGAGGAUUCAGUACAAGAUGGACACUCACGUCAAAGAAGGACAACUUUAUGUCCAGCACCAGAAGUUUGGAAAGAAAUGGAAGAAAAAUUGGUUUGUGCUAUAUCCUGCGAGUCAGAACGGCAUCGCACGGCUCGAGUUCUACGAUUGCGGAGGCAGUGGCACUGAAAAACCCAGCACUAAAAAAUUGGACAAAAAGAUCAUCCGCCUUUCAGAGUGUAUCAGCAUCCUUCCUGCCUUUACCGAAACCUGCCCCAAAGAGAACAUGGCCGCCUUCUGUGUGGAGACCAAUGAUAAAAUGCAUGUGUUUGCAGCCGAAAAACAUGUCACAACUGAGUGGGUGGAGAAGAUGUGUGAGAUUGCCUUUCAGGGUGGGAGUGGAUCUCUUGGUAGUCCUGACUCCAAUGGACAGCAGGAACUUCAGAUGGCUGAGAACCUGAUCUAUUACUCCAGAGAGGAAGUCAAUGAAUUCUGGGUGAGCAUCCAAAGAACAGAAGCAUCUGAACGUUGUGGUCUGUCGGGUAAUUACUGGCUUAAAGCAGAUGGAGAAAGCCUGAUAUUGAAGGAACCUAAGACUAAAAGGAACUUACUGGUGUGGCCCUACAAACUGUUGCGUCGCUAUGGCAGAGAUAGAGUGAUGUUCUCUUUUGAGGCUGGCCGGCGCUGUGAAUCUGGUCCAGGGAACUUCACCUUUGAGACAAAGCAAGGGAACGAGAUCUUUCAGAUUGUGGAGAGCGCAAUUCGGGAGCAGAAGGCCCAGGCUGAGGACCGGCACCAGAGCUGUCCAUCAUUUGAUGGUGACUGUCCUGCCAUGCAGCAGAUUCGUGCCGCCAUUGCUGAGGGAAACAGCCGAGAGCCAGACGGAGACUCUGGUGGCAGCAAGCCCGGAUCUGCAGAUGGCGUCAUUGGCCGGAGGGAAGGUGAAAGCAAGAAUUUAAAGGGGCGUAGCUUACCAGAGCCCCCUGCACCUAUUGCAAGCACGCCACCACGGUCUCCUAUGCCUCGUGGGCCAAAAAGUGGACCUUUAUUGGAGGACCAAGUUAAUCUGUACUCAGAGCCUGCUGAUUCUGUUCGUCUACCACCUAAUCUUGGAGACUGUCUUUAUUCUGACCCUGUAGACAGCAUCAAACCUACACCAACCCCCAACCCACGGCUACGUCCACUCGGAGAUGAGGGGGGAGGCCGUCUUCCAGGCAACAAGGCUGAGCCUUUCUAUGCAGAUGUCUAUGACCGGGUGACCCUAGACUUAACCCAAAGAACAGGAGCACUAGGACUUGAGCCACGGGGCAGACGCCCUGCAGAAGGAAUCCCAUCAGAGCACAUCUAUGAUGAACCUGAGGGAAGAGCAGGUCCUCCAGCAGGCCAGCCCAUCAUCACUCUAUAUGAUGAGGCACGGCUGGAGAGCCAACCAUGGAGAACCAGAGGACUUGAAGAGCCUCAGGGUCAUGAAGUGCCUUACAACCCCAGUACAGAUGACUAUAGUGUUCCUGCCUUUGGCAAGACACCUCUACCCCAGGCUGUGGCCAGGCCUAAAGGCCCGAAGCCCCUCACAGCACCCAAACCGAGUAAGGGAGCACUUCCUAGGAAAGAUCCUCCUCCAUUGCCCCAAGGUAAAGCUAACCUAAACAACAACAAUAGCAGCACCAGUAACUAUUACGGUGGUGGUGAAGGAACUGGAAGUGAAUGGAGUGGUGGAGGAAAAGCAGGGAGGCAGGUUGAGCUUUAUAGUAAAGUGUCUAAGCAUAAGCCCCCUGUCAAUGCUUGGCACCCUGCCAUGCAAGCCCCGGACAUCAUCUACGACAACUUGGGUGAUAUCUGACCCAAAACUGCACGCCUUCUGACAGUCCAAUUGCAUUCUGAUGGCCCAUCUUUGACAUACAAACUUAGUCCUAGAGGUCAGGUGAGCAUUCUCUGGAGUCUAGUUGGAGUCUUCCUCGCUUGCUAGAGAAAUCUGAAGACUACUUCAAGGCCUGAUGAAAGAGUAAGUGCACACAAUCUAGUGUCACAAAUAUCUGGCAUCAUAGAUAAUGGACUGUGGUCGCUGACCUGUGACACAAUGACAAAAGGAGGUCUUUUCCACUAUGGAGGACACUUGAACUACAGAUUUCACAGAAAAUAAAUGUGACUUGUAAAACACAAUUCUUACAUGUGGGUUAUCCACAUGGUCUCGUCCUAGAAGAUAUUAUAGUUUUGCACUUAUUUUACCAGUUUUUCCUUUUUGUGAAUCAAAAUGAGUCUGUGACUUGUAUUUUAGAGGCUGCAAAGCACUUGCAUGUCAGAAAUCAAAAAUGCAAGACAAGGGAAUAGUUUCCCAUUGUCUUACUAUGCCUGACAGUUAAAUCUUGGAUGGUCAGCGGUAACAGAUCAUGGGGAUAAUCGUUGCACACAUCCACAUUUGUUUUGUAUUGAGAUUCUAAAUGUAGCAUUUUACUAAUCCACUGCUAUGUGUGUGUUGGAAGAAGUCAAAAACAGCUGUGCUGUUGAUAGUAUGGUUGAAAAUUGUGAUAACAAUAAAAAAAGAUUCAUAGGAAAACAAA